AUGGCUGACUACCUCAUCAUCGGCGGUGGCCUAGCAGGCUGCGUACUCGCCUCACGACUCAAGGAAUAUGAGCCAGCUUUGAAGAUUAUCAUUAUUGAGACUGGUCCAGAUGCAACGGAGAACCCGCUCAUCACAGAGCCCAUGGGCACGAUGCAAUUACAUAACAGCCCAUUUGAGUACAACUACAAGACCGUGCCACAGGAACAUUAUGAUGGAAGGGAAGUCUUCCAAGCGGGCGGAAAGCUACUCAGCGGUUCUUCUGCUGUCAACUACGCUGCUUGGACUCGGGGCGAUCGUGCUGACUACGAUCUGUGGGCCAAACUUGUUCAAGACAAGCGGUGGAGCUACGAUGGGCUCCUUCCAUACUUCCGAAGGACAGAAUCUCACCAUGACUCCAACGUUGAUCCACACCAACAUGGCUUCUCAGGACCCAUACACUCUACACCUGCACUAGACCGCACGUACCCUCUGACUGCUCAGUUGAAAGCUGCCUAUGCUACUAUCGGCGUCAAGCCAAUACCAGACCACAACGGUGGAGACAAUAAAGGCAUGGCCCCACAUAUCGAGAAUUGGUUCAAAGGCAAAAGGCAGCCAGCAGGAAAGGCCUACAAUCUUAGCGGCAUCGAAGUCCAAACAAACAAGACUGUCAAAAGAAUCACCCUUUCACCUUCUUCAAACAACAGACCCAAAGCUACGUCUGUCGAGCUCGAUAACGGCGAAACUCUUACCGCGUCCAAAGAGAUCAUCCUCUCAUGCGGCGCCCUUCACACCCCUCAACUCCUCAUGCUCUCAGGCAUUGGUCCUUCCGACGAACUAGCCAAGCAUAACAUCUCUUGCCUCGUUUCUUCCCCUCAUGUCGGCAAGAACCUCACGGACCACAGCUCCCUGACCCAAUUCUACCGCAUCAAUCACCCAGAACGAGGUCUCUGCGCCCCAAAUCCCGCGUUCAACCACCCCUCCUUCAUCGAAGGAUUUCCGACCGAUUAUAUCAUCGCCGAAUCAACACCCACGCCCCUAAUAAAAGCGGCCCUCGCCACCGACCUUAACGUUCCCGAGACCGAGAUAAGCGACACCCAUUCACACAUCUCACCCCCUCGCUCGCAUUACGAAAUCCUCCCUAUGUACGCACCAACCGAAGUGCCCCUCACAAACAUGGGCAUCCCCUUCGACGGCUCUAUCAUCAGCAUUGGCAUCCUCAACCUCCUCCCCACCUCUCGCGGCUCUAUAACUCUUCCCCCUCCUUCCAACCCCGAUGAAGCCCACGCAAUCACGACCCCGCCUCUCAUCGAUCCAAAUUACUAUGCCACAGCCACCGAUCGCGCAAUACUUCGCUCCGCAAUCCGCCGUAACAUCUCCGCUUUCGAAUUGUUGAUGCAGGGCGAUGAUCCUGUGGUGGAGGCUGAGGUGCCGCCUCCAGGCUUUCCACAGCUGACUUCGAAGAGUACGGACGAGGAGAUCGAUGCAAGGGUUAGAAGGUGCGCGGGGACGUUCUACCAUGUUAGUGGGAGCUGUAGUAUGGGCAGCGGAGGGGGUGAAGGAGGAGGUGGAAGGGUGGAAGGGGUGGUGGACUCCGAAUGUAGAGUCCUUGGGGUGGACGGGCUCAGGGUCGUGGAUGCGAGCGUCAUCCCGACCCCGAUUAGCGCGCACUAUAUGGUGGCUGUAUAUGCCCUGGCGGAGCAGAUGGCAGAUAUAAUUGCUGGCAGAGCUUGA